GUGGUUUGUAGAGUUGAGAUGAUUGAUCUGUGCUAUCUGCGCUGGCGAGUAGGCUGCCGUCUAAGGACGUGACGGGCAACUGAUGCGCCCAACUUUUCCUCGCUAGCCCUCCGCGAGUCUGCAACACAAAAGAUUAUACUAUACAGCUAUAACAUAUUACAAUUGAAUUGCAUUGAUGGAAACAGCGUGCAACUAGCGUGGACCCACAAAACUACAACUACUUGGGGGGAGUUGUGAGGAAACGCGAGGUCAACGAAACGCAGAGGAGGCGGUUGUGGCUUAUUAAUACACUUGAGAAGUAAUUCUAAAUAUGUAUAUGAUGGGGUGGGCGCGUCCAAUAUUCAUGAGCGAACCGGGAUCCACAUUCUUGGCUGCGCUCGCGACUGGUCCUCAAGUCGCGCCUACCGCAGCGCCCGUAAGUAGUUUGUAUUCAGAUUUCAUACAGCUAUACUGAAUUGCAACUAUGUUUUCAAAAGGCCCUUUGUGGACGCCGGAUGGCAUGUGAGCCCCUGACUUGGCGUCUUUAGUCGCGAAAGCAUAUGUAUUAGUUAAUGAGCCACGUUGCAUACUUAAUCUUUCAUUAGAGAAUGUAUUAAGGCCAUGGCUUGCAAGGAUGUCUGGCAUUUUGCAGACUAUCGCAGAGGACCCGACUGCACCUAUAUUUGACCUUAUCAAGGAGGGUAGAGUUACAGUUUGGGAAGGGCCUGUGUUUGGGCUCACGACUAGCGUCAAGUACACGGACUUCCUUCACCUUGCCGACGUCGACGUGGCCCCCAAGCCGCUCGGCGCGUGCUUGGUUUCGGUCAAAUGGAAGGAGAGUGGCGUCAAGUACAAGGGCGCGUCAGGAGCGCACGCCUUCCGCGAGGUCGUCAGGACAGCCAUCACAGCUGCCUUCCCCGCCUUCGCACCGCGUGUGCGUAGGCGCAACCCCAACAGCGGCGAAAAGCCGCGCAGCCAGGUCUUCACGGAGCAAGCGCUGCAGCAGGGAGAUGUGGACCCCAAAGAAACGCUGCGCAACAUGUGCGAUAUCGCGGUGGAGGAGAACUACGUAUGCAGCUAUGCGUUUGUCGAGCGCGUCCGCUGCCCGACUGUCGCCUCGGCGUUCAUCUACAUGCGCGACUUGGCCAUCCGCGGCACGCAGCCCCUGCGCGGCGCCGACCAGACUGUCAGCGUGCAUGUAGUGUUCGGUGUCGGGCGUGUCGAGCCCGCCAGCGGCGGUAGUGGCGCGGUGUACCUGCCGCUGGCGGGCAAGCCGGGGGCGUGGGGGUCGGAGGGCUCGGAGCCUCGUUGCUGCGCAGAGGCGCACGUCCUUAAGGCUGGGGAGGGCAACAAGAAGCAGCGCCGCGGCAAGGUCGCGGCGCUGCAGGUCUUCCAGUACAUGAAGCGGAUCCUGACAACGGCAGGUAUGCACAUGAACGCCAUGAUUCAGGGUGACGGCGGCGCCGCGAUGGCGAACCCCGAGCAGCUGGCAGCCGGCAACAGCCAGGGCAUCAUGGACAACGAGAGGGUCGCCAACGCCAAGAAGGCUCUGUCACGCGUGGUCCAGCACCGGGACAUGCGGCACAGCGACAAGAGCAAGGACUGGGAGGGUGUCAUGGAGGCGCUGUCGGAAGAGAUUCAGGCCGGUGUGGAAACGCACCAGGGCAGCGGCGCUGUCAGCUCACUGCGCCACGUGUCUUUGAAGCCCCUGCGCAUUUUGUUUGCCGACGACCUGGCGGUACGCCUGUUCGCACACCUCAACCACCGCUUCCACCUGGGUGUGCAUCUGGAUUACACCUCUCAUGUUGUCAGGGCGGUGAGCGCAAAGCUGCCGUUCGUCCUGGUGGCGUCUGUGCCUGUCUCCGACGUGCUGCGGCAGCCCGCAGGCCCAGGCGCGACCUGGGAGCAGCAGCACCCCGUUCAGGGUCUGGUGCCGCUGGUGCCGCCAGAUGACGGCCGGCAGCGCAAGGCGAUUGGUGCGAAGCCGCUACCAUUGUGGUUGCUGGUCACUGGCGCCAACGACGAGCGCUCAACACGCUUUGGGCUGGCGGGCAUCGAGGCGGUGAUGGCUAGCCUAGGCGGGUUCUGCCCAUACUACGUCACCUCGGAUAUGGGCAAGGAGCUGGCAGGCGCGCUAGUCUGCGCCCUCAACCAAGUGGACGUCGCGACGUACAUCGACCUCAUGGCCGGCGCGCUGCUGGGGGGCACGGGGCUUCCAAAACGGCCCGACGGGCGGCCCUUCGUUGUGCUGGUGUGGGACGCGUCGCACGUCAUGAAGGCGGUGCUGAAGGGGCUGAAGGCCUGCCCAGCGCCAGGUGGAGGCCGGCCAAAGGCCACGCCGGUCUGGCUUGGCUUCCGCAGCAUGCAGCUGAUGCGCUUCCAGCCGAACUACAUGUCGGCGGAACUGCUGGGAGCUGUGCUGAUGUCGCUGCUGGCUGGUCCAUCGCGCCUAACUGUCGGGCAGGAGUGGAGGUUCCCGCUGUCUCGCCGGCACCUGUCCAAGUACCAGAAGGACGCGCUAGCUCGAGCUGGAGCAGACGUCACGGCCAUCGAGGUGGAGGCCCCAGCGCCUGAGUUUCUGGAGGCGGUGGAGCUGGCCACGGACGAGGAGCUGGGCGCUGAAGCCUCCGAGCUGGAGGGUGCCGGCCGGCACGCGGCUGGUGGCGGCGGCAGCGGCGAGUUUUUCCUGACUGGACUGGACACGCGCAUCCCCUUCGACGGUCAGCUGGACCCGCAAGUCUUCCACCUCCACGUGCGCCGGUGCUCAGGGCCGCCAGCGCGGCAGGGUGGCGCUGCUGAGGCCACCGGAGACACCACCUGGUUUGUGCACGUCAAGGUCCGCCCCUUCGAGGUGUCGUACAUCGUGGCCAUCCCAGCCCCUGCCGCUGGUGAUCCAAUCGUGGUGCCCAACUACUUCCGCAACAAGGACGUGGCCCUGUACCUGCAGAAGCACUACCUGCAGUUGUCGCUGUACUGGGUGCGGUGCAUACCCGGCGUGCCCAAACAGGCGUACACAUCGACACAGGAGACAGGCAUCAGCCUGCUGAAGGUGAACCGGCUGUGUGAUCAGGCCUACACGCUGGACCGCUUCACGCUCACUAUGGCUGGCAACUACCAUGCCAUCUUCGACCGACUGGAGGGAGUGGUGCCGCGUCGGAGUGCUGAGGCAAGCGCCAUCUCCGCCAACCGCCAAGGGUAUCUUCGUGCUGCUGCAUCACAACACCUGCGUGCCUAUCCCCAGGAGGUUGCUGGGCGCAUCGCCGAGCAGCUGCUCCGAAGGGAGCCGCCUCCACCGCCGGCUUGGGUCGGGGCUCCCGCUGCGGCUGCUGUCAGCGGUGAGGAUAGCGGGGCUGAACAGCCUGGGCACACGUAUGGUGUCACCAGCAGUGACAGCGGCGGCAGCAGCAGCAGCCAGCGGCCAGCAGCAGCCGAUGCCAGCGAUGCAGGGGGCGCGGGCGUUGUGCAGCCCAGUCGCAGCUGCAGUCCCAGCAGCAGCAGUGACGGCGGAGGCGCAUAUGCCUGCCCCGUGGAGGUUGCUGGGCGCAUUGCCGAGCAGCCGCAACGGACGCCGGCUUGGGCAGCUGCUGUCACUGCGGCUCCUGUCCGCGGUGAGGAAGGAGGGGCUCAGCAGCACACAUACGGCAUCACUAACAGUGCCAGCAGCGGCAGCCGCAGCGGCCAGCAGCCAGCAGCAGCUGAUGUCGGUGGUGGGGGUGCGGGCGUUGUGCGGCCCAGUUGCAGCAGCAGCAGCACCGACAGCGGAAGCGCAUCUGCGAGCGCAGGUGCAGCCAGCAGGCCUGCAGCCCAUGCCUGUGCGACAGGACCCAGCAGCGCCGGCGCAGUGGGUUACCGCAGCCCCGGGAUGAUGUUGCUGCUUAGCCGACGGGGGGGGGGUGUCGCCACGGCUCACUCCCGCGGCAGGCCAGCGUGCAGUCACGUCAGUGCACACGUCGCCCAUGGAUCAGCCAGGCGGGGCACCUGGUCUCGGCGCAACAUGUUGGACAAGGACGUGACGUGGUCACAGCAGCUCGGUGCUGCUCUUGCAGCCCUGCAGCAGAUUGACAGCUCGGUAACAAACAAGCUGCUGGCCUCGGAGCAGGGGCCGCUGUACCCGCUGUUCAAGUCCCGUGUGUCUGACCAAGGCGACGUGCUGGCCGCGUGGAGGAACAGCAUCAGCGAGAAGCACCUUGAGAAAUGGCGAUCGGCAACAACGACUGCCUCUGGCGGCAGCAGCCAGCUGCCGCCGGAGCGCAGCGCUAUCCGGGAGGCCCUUGAUGCCUACAUCCAGCUCGUCAAGCAGCGCUUGCACCGCCACCAGCAGCAGCACAGCCAAGAUGAUCUCCAGCAGUCGCCGCUGCCGGGGCGGCAAGGUCCUCGGCGGCUACCUACCCUGGCCGCCGCAGUUGCCUUCGCUGAUGGUGCCGCUGAUGAAGGGGGCACCGUGUCGAUACCGGGAUCGCCAGAGCAGCUCUUUCCUCUGCCUAGCCGCCGCCCACGCCGUGUUACCUUGCGGUCUCAAGGUGUCGACUUGAUGUCGCUCGUCCCACCGUUCGACCAGCGGCAGCCAUGGCCUUUGCUUCGGGCGCUGCUCAAGGGCCUUGGAAGGGGCAAGAAGCUGUACAUGCGGAAGGUGUCUGUCGGCUUGAAUCUCCGCCUCAGCUCGCAACGGGAGCCGAUCAAGGCCCUGUACCAGCAAAUCCGGGAUAGAUUCCAAGGCUCACCAACGGCCAGCGACCGCAGCACUGAUGGGAGUGAUGAGGACAACGAUGCAGCUGAACAUGGUACAGUGCCCGACAACGGCCAAGGCCGUGCCCCUGGCCCAGGGCCUGGCAGCCAAGGCGGCGCUGCCGCGCGCCAGCUGUCGAUGCAGGGCGGUGCAGCCCCGCCCGGCCUCGGGCUGGGCGGGCUGUCCUUCGGCGGCGGCGCGCUGCCCGCCUUCACGCAAGGCCUGGAGCGGCAGGCAGAUGGCCUUACCUUGCCGCUUGAGCUACUGCACCGAGCCCCUGGCCCAGGGCCCGGCAGCCAAGGCGGCGCUGCGGCGCGCCAGCUGUCGAUGCAGGGCGGUGCAGCCCCGUCCGGCCUCGGGCUGGGCGGGCUGUCCUUCGGCGGCGGCGCGCUGCCCCCCUUCACGCAAGGCCUGGAGCGGCAGGCAGAUGGCCUUACCUUGCCGCUUGAGCUACUGCACCGAGCCCCUGGCCCAGGGCCCGGCAGCCAAGGUGGCGCUGCGGCGCGCCAGCUGUCGAUGCAGGGCGGUGCAGCCCCGUCCGGCCUCGGGCUGGGCGGGCUGUCCUUCGGCGGCGGCGCGCUGCCCGCCUUCACGCAAGGCCUGGAGCGGCAGGCAGAUGGCCUUACCUUGCCGCUUGAGCUACUGCACCGAGCCCCUGGCCCAGGGCCCGGCAGCCAAGGCGGCGCUGCGGCGCGCCAGCUGUCGAUGCAGGGCGGUGCAGCCCCGUCCGGCCUCGGGCUGGGCGGGCUGUCCUUCGGCGGCGGCGCGCUGCCCCCCUUCACGCAAGGCCUGGAGCGGCAGGCAGAUGGCCUUACCUUGCCGCUUGAGCUACUGCACCGAGCCCCUGGCCCAGGGCCCGGCAGCCAAGGUGGCGCUGCGGCGCGCCAGCUGUCGAUGCAGGGCGGUGCAGCCCCGUCCGGCCUCGGGCUGGGCGGGCUGUCCUUCGGCGGCGGCGCGCUGCCCCCCUUCACGCAAGGCCUGGAGCGGCAGGCAGAUGGCCUUACCUUGCCGCUUGAGCUACUGCACCGAGCCCCUGGCCCAGGGCCCGGCAGCCAAGGCGGCGCUGCGGCGCGCCAGCUGUCGAUGCAGGGCGGUGCAGCCCCGUCCGGCCUCGGGCUGGGCGGGCUGUCCUUUGGCGGCGGCGUGCUGCCCCCCUUCACGCAAGGCCUGGAGCGGCAGGCAGAUGGCCUUACCUUGCCGCUUGAGCUACUGCACCGAGCCCUUGGCCCAGGGCCCGGCAGCCAAGGCAGCGCUGCGGCGCGCCAGCUGUCGAUGCAGGGCGGUGCAGCCCUGCCCGGCCUCGGGCUGGGCGGGCUGUCCUAUGGCGGCGGCACGCUGCCCUUCACGCAAGGCCUGGAGCGGCAGGCAGAUGGCCUUACCUUGCCGCUUGAGCUACUGCACCGAGCCCCUGGCCCAGGGCCCGGCAGCCAAGGCAGCGCUGCGGCGCGCCAGCUAUCGAUGCAGGGCGGUGCUGCGGCGCGCCAGCUGUCGAUGCAGGGCGGUGCAGCCCCGCCCGGCCUCGGGCUGGGCGGGGUGUCCUUUGGCGGCGGCGCACUGCCCUUCACCCAAGGCCUGGAGCGGCAGGCAGAUGGCCUUACCUUGCCGCCUGAGCUACUGCACCGAGCCCCUGGCCCAGGGCCGGGCGGGCUCCCCCCAGGAGGACCCCGAGUAUUGGAUUGGAGUGACCGAAUCCUUGAAUUCGAGAGGCAGCUGGGCUUCCAAUAAUGGGUACUUCAUAUGCUAUAAUGCAGUACAGUCCCGCGACCAACUGCAAUACAUUUCCGCGCUGGAAAAAGACUGACUCAUAGUGACGUGUGUUGCGGAACUAAUGCGUAAGUAGACCAUAGUGGAAGGCAGAGUGGGCUUGCAGGCGGCACGAGGGUAGACAGUCAGUAGCGCAAGUUGUGAAUUCACAUGCAUGUUACCGUAACCGACAGUAAACGCUGUGGACAGUCGCGCCCAUGGCUGGCUGGUGGUGGCUGCUGUACGUGACUAUUACGGACGUCCUU